ACGGACUGAGCCACCAGGUGCAGCCCAGCCUAGAUUCAUAUUUUUAAGGCUCCAGAUUGGUCCCCACACCCCUGCCCUCAAGAACCCAGGGCUGGUUUCGGCUCAACCCGAGAAGGACAGUGGGAGAAGGGUUGCCUCCAAAGGAUCCUCAGGCUGGGCCACAGGAGGACCCCCCUCCUCCUGCAGGGAGGGCACACGGAGCCCACGCCUCUGGCCCCUGUGAGGAUGCACAUCACAAUGGCUGUUCCACCUGAGCCAGGCCCUGGGAGAGGCACCAGGCAGGCAGGUACUCUGGCCCAAGGGCACCCAGGCCUCGCCAUGGGGACUCCAGAUAUGCGCUCCGCUGCUCAGAGCUUGGAACCUGCCGCUGCUGGGAUACCGUUGCUGGAACAAAACACGUCCAGGACACCAAGAUGGAACCAUCCCCAGGAGCCUCCUCGUCCUCGUCCCCCUCCUCCUCCUGGUCCUUGGCCUCCAAGAGUUCAAGGGCCUCCUCCAAUAUAUGUCCAAGGCCCCCGGCCAUUCACCCGGGUGCUUCCUGGGCUGCUGCUUCCUCGCCCUUGUGUAUGGACAGCUUGAUGGACGUGAAGCACACGUGCCCCGUGUGCCAGCAAGAGCUCUUCUGCUACCACCGCCUGUGAAGGUCCACCAAAUAAACGUCCACCGAGUGA